AUGAACUUACGGCAGCUCCUCUCACGCAUCGGGCAUUGGACCCUGAUAUACACCUGCUUCUCCAUCAAGAUCUCAAAGGCCCAGAGUGAUGAGCCACAUCCCAUCAGGAAUUUGACUGCUGAGACUUUAAACACCACAGCAAUAGAGCUAAAGUGGGACCGACCAGAGGACUACCAGAGCACUUACCGUUACCAAGUCCAGAUCUCUGGAUGCACAUCGCCAAACCGUGAUGCCUCAACAAGCGAGGAGAAGAUCAUCAUAUCCAGCCUGCCUCCAGGAACCAGCUGCAGAUUCAGCAUCUAUGUUGAGGUUAUGAAUGGCACAAGGGGAGAGGAACUCAAUAUCUCCCGUUAUACCAGGCCAGAGACUGUGCAGCCGGUCAUCUCAGACCACACCAACAACUCCAUCACAGUGAGUUGGAGUCGUCCUAAUGGAAAUGUGGAGUCGUUUGAGGUUCUCCUGAACAGCAGCAGUAACAUCACCAGGAGCCCUCUGCUGAACUCAAGUGUCAACUCCUAUGAGUUCAAAGACCUGUCAGCUGGGAAGAUAUACACAGCCACUGUCACAACAAAGAGUGGCCCCUUUAGUGAAGAAUCUGAAGUAAAUACAACUGCUACCUAUCCCAAUCCUCCGGGGGAUAUCACCAUGAAGAAUGCGACUACAAAUUAUAUUUUUAUUAAGUGGACUCCAGCCCUCUUGAUGGACAACUCAGAUGGUUUUAACUACACAGUGAACAUCAGUAGUUCAUCAGGGACUACAGACUAUAGUACCAAAGCCUUAAAUCAGACCCUGACAAACCUUAAAUCAGGAACACCACAUAUCAUCUGUGUGAGAACAACUGGACCACUUGGCCUUCAGAGUGAAUCUGUUUGCAGUGCACAUAUCACUACAAAGCCAUACCCCAUCAGUAAUUUGAGGGCUGAGCCUUUAAACACCACAGCAAUGAAGCUUAAGUGGGACCAACCAGAUGAAUACAAGGACACUUACAAAGGAUGUGGUUCAUUCAGCUAUGUAUGGCUUACUGACCUCCAGAGUAAUUCUGUUUGGAUGUUUUAUAUUUCCUGUCACCUAGGGCCAGAGACUGUGCAACCGGUCAUCUCAGACCACACCAACAACUCCAUCACAGUGAGUUGGAGUCGUCCUAAUGGAAAUGUGGAGUCGUUUGAGGUUCUCCUGAACAGCAGCAGUAACAUCACCAGGAGCCUUCCGCUGAACUCAAGUAUCAACUCCUAUGAGUUUAAAGACCUGUCAGCUGGGAAGAUAUACACAGCCACUGUCACAACAAAUAGUGGGCCCUUUAGUCAAGAAUCUGAAGUCACUACCAAUGCAACGUAUCCUAACCCUCCAAGAGAUAUUUUUAUCAAGAAAAAGACUACAAAAUCCAUUUUUGUUGAGUGGGCCCCUGCCUUCUUCAUGGAUGACUCAGAUGGUUUUAACUACACCGUGAUCAUUAGUAGUUCAUCAGGGACUGCAGACUAUAGUACCAAAGCCUCAUACCAGAACCUGACAAACCUUCCAUCAGGAACACCACAUGUCAUCUGUUUGAGAACAACUGGACCACUUGGCCUCCAGAGUGAAUCUGUUUGCAGUGAACAUGUCACAACAAGACCUGAGAGUGUCAAAUCUGUACAAGUUGAUAUUGUAAAAGAAACAUACAUGAGAUGGAAAUGGGCUCCUCCACCUGACUCUAAAGAUGGAUACUACUAUCGAGUGAACUUGACAAAUGAACUUGACAAUAUUAACCUCACCGAUGUUACAAAUGACUUGAAAUUGGAGUUCAAGCAGCUGAUACCAGGAGCCCGUUACAACAUCACUGUCACCACAUUUACUUCUGAUGGCACUGAUGGAUCACCGGUGAACAAUUCCGCAUGCACUGAUACUAGUGGACUCACAGAGGACCAACUUAAAUGUGUUGGUAAAAACCAUACACCUGUACUUGAAUUGGAGUGGAAAAACCCUAAAGGACACAACUCUGGAUUCAAAAUCAAAGCCAAGACCAAUGCUGAAGUCAAUGUCCAUCUUGGAGAAGAGAAAACUUGCAAUGAAACAUGUGUCUACCGCAUAGAGAGUGAUCUUACAUACAGCACAGAAUACAGUGUGACUAUUUGGACAGUUGGAUGUGGGAAAUCGGGCAUGAUUACCACGACUUGCAAAACAGGAGUCACAGUACCACCUGUUGUGUCUGACAAUGAAAAGGUAGAAGUUCGCCCACCUUCCCACAAUAAAGUUGAGCUGAUUCUUGAUCCCAUUUUCCUGAAUUCUUCAAAUGGACCUAUUCUGGAAUACGGUGUCCUGGUGUCGCAGAGUGAAAACCCCACUUUCAAGAAAGAUGAUUUAGUUAACUCUUAUGAUGAUUGGCAGAAACAUCAGGAUUUAAACUACCUUGCCGUUUUAAAGAAAAAUGAAAUUAAAAUGGAAGAGAUCUCUAUCAUUGUGGGAGAAGACAGCCCUUUGCGGGAAGCAUACAGAAAUGGCCCUCUGACCCCUACUAAAACAUACAGUUUUGCAAUUGUCACCUGUACUGCCCUGCAGAUGAAAACAGAUAAACAUGUGGACAUUCAUGGCUCCAUUUGCUCCAUAUCCGGAUUUUACAAGACUGUAUAUCUUAAACAAGACCCACUGGUCAUCACCACGGCUGUUGGAGCCACCUGUGGGAUCUUGACCGUCUGUCUAUGCAUUGCUAUAGCCGUCUUCAUCUUCUUGAAGAG